AUGGACUGGAUGUUUCAAGUUAACAAUGGCCCUCAGUUUUCGUGCUCAUUAUCAAAAGUCGCUUUGGCUGCUCUCUUUUACCAUGUCUGGAGUGAAAGAAAUGGCAGAAUCUUCAAAAGCUUUUGGAACUCUGUUCAACAAUUAGAGAUCAAAGUGCGAACUGAUAUCCGUGCAUGUGUUAGUUCUAGGCAAGGAGUCAAGAAGCCAGGCCCUAGCAUGGCUCUUUGUUCUCGGUGGAAUGUGUCGGCUAAAGUUUUUGAUAGCAUGAUAGUAGAGACUCAGGCCUUGAAAGCAGCUUACCUAGAUCUACUAAGCAAGAACAUUCUAGGCCUUCGAGCUACUUGUGAACAGCUUAAAGCCUUUUCCUGCCAAUUGAAGGCCAUAUGCGAUGUUUUAAGAAGCAGGCCCAUUCGUCACUUGGGCCUGAGCUUGAGGCGCUCCCUUAAAAUUACUUCAGGCGCUCCUAAAUUUACUUUACUCUUCUCCUCUGUCUCCUCGUUAACAGAAGAAAAAAGAGGAAGACGGCACCCAACAAGCCCUAGCCGUUUGCUACUCCGAUGGUCACCGGUAGCUGCUCCGAUCGUCGCCGGUAGCUGCUCCCUUCAUUCUCUAUUUCAGGCUCUGAUGGAGGGUGAGACUCGAGAUGUUGGUGGCUUCGAACCAGACUUUACAGAUGAAGAUUUUGCAGAGAUAAAUGCCAUAAUAAAUCUUGCAGCCACAAGUAACUUUGAAGAAAUAUCAGAGUUCUACGAAUCAAGUGAGGGCAUGAAUUAUGCUGACAAUGCUAGAGAUUCUGAGGAAGAAGGAGACUAUGUGUGGGCAUUGGAAAGAUUCAAAGCAAUUUUAGGCCCUGACCAACAACCUUCUGUGAUUUUAUCGGAUAGGGAAUUAGCAUUGAUGAAUGCCAUUGAAGUUGUUUUUCCGAGAACAGCAAACAUCUUAUGUGUGUGGCACAUUGAGAAAAAUGUUCUCUCAAAAUGUAAGCCUAAAUUUGAAAGAGAACAAGAUUGGGAGACUUUUUUAUCGGAUUGGACUAAUUUGGUUGAAUCUCCGGAUGAAAGUUGCUUUAAUGAAGCUUGGCAGCGUCUUCAAGUUGAUUACGAGGAAAAAGAAUAUGUUCAUAAUUACAUCAAGAAUACUUGGCUCCCUUUCAAAGAGAAAUUUGUGAAGGCAUGGACUGGAAAUCAUCUACACUUUGGGAAUCGUGUCACUUCUAGGGCUGAAGGUGCACAUGCAAUGCUCAAGAGAUACCUUACUGUUUCCACGGGAAAUUUCCAUGAGGUGAGAGAAAAGAUUUGUCUUGCGAUUGAGAAUCAACACAAUGAGAUUAAGACGAAGAUUGCUUCUGAAAAGCUUCGAGUUAUUCAUAAAUUUCGAAUUCCCAUGUUCAAGGAACUUGUUACUCACGUUUCUAUCUUUGCACUUAGUGAGCUUUUGAAACAAUAUGAGUUGUCGACAUCUUCUUUAUUGGAUCCUUGUAGAAGUCAAUUUUCAAACACAAUGGGUCUACCUUGUGCACACUUUAUGCAAAACAUGAGAGGUGAACCCUUGCUACUUAGCGAUAUCCAUCCACAAUGGAGAAUUGAUAUAAGGUCACUCAAUAUGGACGGUGGAGUGAAUACAAAUGGAAGUGACAUUGAAAGUCUUCUCAAGAAAUUUCAUGAUAAAUACAAGUGUAUGCCUCUUGGUCAAAGAGAAGAUAGCCACAAGCAAAUUGCUCAACUUAUCGAUGCCGAAAUUCCAUUGACUCUUGAGCCAACCAUUCAACCUCACAAAGGCCGACCAUCAGGUUCCAAAAAAAGAAAGGGAGAUAGCUCUACCACCCGCGAUCCUUCAGCUUUUGAGAUUGUGGAAAAGACACGAAAAUGUAGUGUUUGUCACCACGUUGGACAUAAUAGAAGCACUUGCCAACGAUGUAAGAUAUUUUUGUAGUAACAAUUUUUUCUCACUGUACAUUUAUGGUUCCAACUACUCUUUUUUAUCG